AUUCUUUUUACAGAUGGAUAGGGCGGUAAAAGUAUUGGAUGAAAUGUUACUUGCGGGGAUUGGACCAAACGAGCACACGUACACCACAAUCAUGCAUGGCUAUGCAUCACUCGGUGAUACCGGAAAAGCAUUUGAGUAUUUUUCUAAAGUUAAAAACGAAGGAUUAAAUCUUGAUGUAUUCACAUACGAGGCACUACUCAAGGCGUGCUGUAAAGCCGGGAGGAUGCAAAGUGCUUUAGCGGUCACCAAAGAAAUGCAUGCCAAAAAAAUUCCAAGAAAUACUUUUAUUUACAAUAUCCUUAUAGACGGAUGGGCUCGAAGAGGUGAUGUUUGGGAAGCAGCUGACCUAAUGCAACAAAUGAAGCAAGAAGGGGUCAAACCCGACAUCCGUACUUACACAUCCUUGGUCAACGCUUGUUGCAAAGCUGGAGAUAUGCUUCGAGCAGAUAAAACAAUCAAAGAGAUGGAGGCUGCAGGAUUAAAACCUAACAUAAAAACAUACACAACAUUAAUUCAUGGGUGGGCCCGUGCUUCGCUUCCCGAGAAAGCUAUGAAAUGUUUUGAAGACAUGAAGUUAGCCGGGCUGAAACCCGACCGGGCCGUGUACCAUUGCUUGAUGACAUCACUGUUGUCCCGAGCCUCUGUAGCCGAGGACUACAUUUACUCCAGCAUUCAACAAAUCUGUGCAGAAAUGAUUGACGCUGGUUUGACCGUUGACAUGGGCACCGCAGUGCAUUGGGCCCGGUGUUUACGCAAGAUUGAACGGUGUGGUGGAGAUCUUACUGAAGCACUUCAAAAAACGUUCCCGCCUGAUUGGAACUCGCAAAACACCCUCGAUGAAAUAUCGGGGGUUGAUCGUGAACAUGAUGAUGACGACGACGACUUGCUGUAUGAAAGUGAUUCUGAUGGUGAUAUUGAUGAGGAUUGAUAUAUGCCUUUGGUACUUGAUGUAUAUUUGGUAAAUGUUACAAUGAGAUAAUGAUGUAGUGACUUGUACAUUGUGCAAUGAAAGUUGUACAUUUUUUUU